AUGUCGAAAUUGAUUCAUCAGGACGAAGACAGUGAUAGCGAUGAUUGGUUCAACAAAGAUGAAAACGAUUUUGUUGUAAAAGUUGGAACUCAACAAAACAAUGAUGGAACAAUUGAAGCUUAUGAUGAACAAACUGGUGUCAACAGGCCCGGCAUGUCCGUACGGGAAAUGAUAAAUAAUUUAAAACUUCCUUUAAACGAUUUUGAUGGCAAUUAUGUGGAAUCGUUUAACAAUGCUGACAUUGCUCGCACAUCUAAGUUUAAUAUUCCAAAAAGUGCACCAGGGAAGUAUAUCCAACCAAUUCCUUUGACGAAACUGAUGAAUAUAGCUGAAAAUGAGACGGUCUCUAUGUUUGCUGAUAUUAACGCGGAAAAAGACGAAUUUGUAGCGACAUUAAUGAAAAGAACGUACGGCGAAGCUCUGCAAUUAGUUAUUAUGAAGGUGAUGAUAAAACUCGGGACGAUUCCGAUGUAUGAAACGGUAAAGCAGUUUUUCAAAAUACUAUUCGCGCAAACCCAAUUUUGGGAUCAGCUACAAAAGUUUUUUCAGCAAUCUACGGAACAACGAAAGCGAAAAAAAACGAAAAACAAAAUUAUUAGACCAACCGUAUCCAAAGAGGAAAUGAUUGAUAUUAUGCUAAAAUUUCUCACCGAGGCUAAACGUCACGUUUCAUUUGAAAAGCAUGUAAUAGAUUUUUGUGAAAAUUUAAAAGAGAUGUCCUCGGAUAGCGCGCGUAACCAAAACGAGGUAUUCAGUGAGUUGAUAACAUUUGUUACGAAAAAACGAUCUUGCAAAAAAGUUAGUAUUUAUCCAACCAUUCGAGAGCUUAGAGCCGAGAUAAGCUCUUCAUUAGAUUUGCAAAAAAAUAUCGUUAAAGGAAAAUACCAGAGCGUAGAGCAUUAUUUGGAAGUACAUUUAAAUCUAUUGAAGGAAGAUUUUCUAAUCCCAAUGCGCACAGGAAUAGAAAUGUAUCGUAAGUUUGUAGAAAAACAUGGAGCAAGAAAAUCAUUCAUUGGUGAUGAGCUUCGAGUUCACUAUCCCGUCAAGCUUUUUCUCCCCAGUUUGGUAAACCGACAUACAGCUAAAGAUCAGUUAGUUCUAGUAGAUUUAGAUCCGACUGAGCGUGGAUAUAUGAACUUCAGUGCCAGAUAUAGGCGGCUUGCGCUACCGAGCACUAAACGAUUAAUGAGCGGAUCGAUGGUGUUGUUCAGUAGUGGACCGGAACUGACCGAUCUGAUUGUAGCGACCAUAAGCAACCGCGAUGCGGCACAACUGCUCGACGGAUACAUUUACGUGGAGUUUAUAUGCCUGGAACAGGAAACGGAGACGGAAGGGAAACUGAACUCAGGUUACACGAAUAUGGUAAUAUUUGAUCGCCCUUUACUGAUGAUCGAGAGUGGAAUAUUUUUCGAGCCAUAUCAUCAGACUUUCAAUGCGCUAAAGCGUUUGCGAGAAGAUGAUUUCCCACUAAAAUCGUAUAUUGUUGAUGUGACGUUACCAGGCACAUGUUUGCCCGAAUAUCUGUGUCGACGGAAUGGCCAUCUCUUCAGCUAUGGUGGAAUAGAGUUUGAUCUAAAAAAAGUAACCAGUUGGCCGUCUACUGCAUUAGCCGCUGCUGUUGGAUUAAAGUCUUCUCAGUUUGAGGCAUUCCGAAUGGCGCUAACUAGUCAGUUCGCUCUGAUCCAGGGUCCUCCGGGAACAGGCAAAACGUUCCUUGGAUUACGGAUAUUAGAGACACUGCUUGCCAAUACGAGCGAACAGAUUUUACUCAUCUGUCUGACAAACCACGCAUUGGAUCAGUUCUUAUGCGGCGUGACACGUUUUACGAACAGCAUCGUCCGGAUGGGUGGUCAAUCGAAGCACCCCCUGCUGGACGCGUACAACGUGAAACAGCUGCAGGAGGAUGAAGGAAUCGAUAAGCGUUUGCGUAUAAGUUAUUACAACGCGAAACAAGAGUAUUUGAAACUAGUUGACCGAUUCGAUCAAUUGCAGCAAAGCCAGCAGGAACAAGAUGAAUCGAAAGCUAUGAGCAAAGCGAUUAUUCAAUGUAUGGAAGAAAUGCUGCAUGCAUCCCAUCGUCUAAACGAACUAAGUCAACUUAGUACUCUGAAGCUAGUGCAGAACAUUCGUGUUGUAGCCAUGACAACAACGUAUGCUGCUCGAAACCGCACGUUGCUCGAACUUCUUCGCACACCAAUAGUCGUAAUUGAGGAAGCUGCGGAAGUACUCGAAGCACAUAUUGUGUCCUCCUUGACGCGCCACACUCAGCAAUGCAUCCUUAUCGGUGACCAUAAGCAGUUACGACCAACGACGAGCACCUACGUGCUGUCGAACCGGUAUCGAAUGGAUCUGUCUUUGUUCGAGCGAAUGAUUAACAACAACUUUAACGUUGCCACGCUGACAGUACAGCAUCGAAUGCGUCCCGAGAUAGCAAACCUUUUGCGACCUACUAUCUAUCCUGUGCUGGAGGAUACUGACACAGUUAGGGUAUAUCCAUCUGUUGUUGGGAUGAAGCAGAAUUUGUUUUUCCUAACUCAUCGCCAACCAGAGGGAGGAUCGGCUGGAGAGCCAUCGGAUAAGCAAACUGAUGAUGAAUCUAAUGAUGCAAAAUCGAAAAAAAAUAUGUUUGAAUGCCGUUUUCUGCUAGCUUUGUGCGAAUAUUUGUUGACUGGAGGAGUGUACACUGCUAAAGAUAUCGUUAUUCUGACGGCUUACAACGGCCAGAUGCAGCAGAUGGUGUUGGAAAAGAAACGUCGUUCCGCACUUCAAGGUAUUCGAGUAGCAGUUAUCGAUAACUAUCAGGGCGAGGAAAGCAAAAUAAUACUACUAUCGUUGGUACGCAGUACUAGUAGUGACGUAGAUAACAUAGGAUUUCUUGCACAUAAAAAUCGUAUUUGUGUGGCACUUUCUCGGGCACGAGAAGGGCUCUACAUCGUUGGUAACAUGCGACUGUUGGCAAAAUGUUCCAAAACUUGGGCGGCUAUUGACCGUAAACUACGGGAACAGAAUUCCAUCGGUGACUCGUUACCCCUACAAUGUGUUAAGCAUGGGCAGGUUAUGGAGGUAAGUCAUCCGGAAGAAUUAGAAGCAUUUUCCAUAUCAGAUAGACAAUGUAUCUGUGUGGCUCCUUAAACCUAACUUCGUCAUGGUACAACUGGAUGACUGGAUUUUCUUUCCGAUGUGUAUGCACAUGAGAAAAUUUCAUUUCAAAUAGAGUAUCCAUAUUCCUUAUUUGAUUGAUUGUAUUCGUGUACAA